CCCGGCAGCCGGCCGAGAGGAAGCGGCCCCGCCCGCCCCAGGCCCGGCCUUACCCAGCCGCUCCGACGCCUGCAGCCCCGGCCGCGGUCACCGACCGCCGCGCCCCGCCCCGUGGCCGCCACGGCUGCUGCUAUUGCUCCUCCGGCCGCUGCCGUCGCUCCAGCACCCGCCGCCCUCACCGCCCUCACCCCUCCCGGUGCCGCCGCAAAACCAGCCCCGCGGCCGCCAAGCGAACCUGGCUCCGCGCGACACUGCGAGCGCGCGCACGAGGGCAGGCGGCGGCGCACUUUACGGCAGCAGCGUGAGUGCGUGACGCUCGCCCGUGGUCUCAGUUCGCACGUGGCUCCUGCGGAGGCACUUUGUGGCUGUGAGCGCUGGUGCAACUGCAGGCGCAACCCUUCCGACUUACAGUAUGAAGCGGCCGAAGUUAAAGAAAGCAAGUAAACGCAUGACCUGCCAUAAGCGGUAUAAAAUCCAAAAAAAGGUUCGAGAGCACCAUCGAAAAUUGAGGAAAGAGGCUAAAAAACGGGGUCGAAAGAAGCCUAGGAAAGACCCGGGAGUUCCAAACAGUGCUCCUUUUAAGGAGGCUCUUCUUCGGGAAGCUGAGCUAAGGAAACAGCGGCUUGAAGAACUGAAACAGCAGCAGAAACUUGACAGGCAGAAGGAACAGGACAAGAAAAGAAGACUUGAAACUGACUCUGCUGUUGAGCUAUCUAACAUGGAACCUGUGAAAGAGGAAUUUGGGCAAUGCAAAGCUAAGAAAGCCAAGUCAAGCAAACAGAAUCCGAAGAGGCUGUAUUGUCAGGAACUUAAAAAGGUGAUUGAAGCCUCAGAUGUUGUGCUGGAGGUGUUGGAUGCCAGAGAUCCUCUUGGUUGCAGGUGUCCCCAGGUAGAAGAAGCCAUUGUCAAGGGUGGACAGAAAAAGCUGGUACUUGUAUUAAAUAAAUCAGAUUUGGUACCAAAGGAGAAUUUGGAGAACUGGCUAAGUUAUUUGAUGAAGGAAUUGCCAACAGUGGUGUUCAAAGCCUCAACAAAUCUGAAGGACAAAGGGAAGAGAAUCAAGGUAAAGAAGAAAGCUGCUCCAUUCAAAAGUGAAGUCUGUGUUGGAAAAGAAGGCCUUUGGAAGCUUCUUGGAGGUUUUCAGGAGACUUAUGGCAAAGCCAUUCACAUUGGGGUAAUUGGUUUCCCAAAUGUGGGGAAAAGCAGCAUCAUCAAUAGCUUAAAACAAGAACGGAUAUGCAAUGUUGGUGUAUCCAUGGGACUUACAAGGUACAUGCAGGUUGUCCCCUUGGACAAACAAAUCACAAUCAUAGAUAGUCCAAGUUUCAUCGUGUCUCCACUUAACUCUGCUAUUGCACUCGCUCUGAGAAGUCCAGCAAGUAUUGAGGUAGUGAAACCAAUGGAGGCUGCUAGUGCCAUCCUGUCCCAUGCUGAUGCUCGACAGGUCGUACUGAAAUAUACUGUCCCAGACUUUAAGAAUUCUCUGGAAUUUUUUACUUCAUUUGCUCAGAGAAGAGGACUGCACCAAAAAGGUGGAAGCCCAAAUGUAGAAGGUGCUGCCAAACUGCUGUGGUCUGAGUGGACAGGUGCCUCCUUAAGUUACUUUUGCCAUCCCCCUACAUCCUGGACUCCUCCACAUUUUAAUGAGAGCAUUGUGACAGACAUGAAAUGGGGCUUUAAUCUGGAAGAACUGGAAAAGAACAAUGCACACAGCAUACGAGCCAUCAGGGGCCCUCGUUUAGCCAGUAGCAUCCUUUUCCAGUCAUCGGGUCUGACAAAUGGAGUGAUAGAGGAAAAGGACAUACCUGAAGAAUUGCCGAAACAGAAAGAAUGGAAGCAGGAGGAGGGGGGGGACUAUGAAGAUGUCAACACUGACCAGGAAUGUGUUGACGAAGAAGGUGAUGAAAAGAGCUCAGACAUGUCCCCUGCAGAAGAGGCCUGCGAGGCACUGCCUGAGGACUCUGAAGCAGAUAAGCAGUCUGCACCAUCUUUCAUCUUGGAUAAAAUGACUGAAGAGGAAGAUGAUGCUUAUGAUUUCAGUACAGAUUAUGUAUAAUAGAACUUUGUCCUUCUAUAAUGGUGUUCUGUUGUUGGUCUUUAACAUUGUGAGCAGACUGCUAAGCUGUUCUCUGCGUGUGAUGUACCGGUUUGUUACAGUAUGACAUAAGCUGUGUAAAUUUUGUGAAUGUGUAUAUAAUGAUAUAUUCAUUUUAAAAAUCA